AUGCGGUUCUACGUUUCUCCCAUUCAAUUCGUAGUAGCCACAUUGGCCCUAGUACUGGCUUCCGCGCCACUGGUUUCUGCAGCCGACUGCUACUCGAAAGGCGGCUGCGGUUCGUGCGAGAGCAAGCAACAGAUCCGAAGAGCACGGGACCGCAUGUGCCGCAGCGACCUUUGGCGCAACCCUAACGCCUUCAUCUGGGGCGGAGCCACCGUCGCUCUGCGCGGACACUUCCCCGACCAGAGUGCGUGCAAUGAUGCCUUCAGCGACAUUAUCAGGCAGUGCUACGGGAACAAGGAUGGUGGAACGUUUGAUUGGGACUACGGCAGAUUCAGUGCCCACCUCGACGUCAGCUUUUGCAGCUGUCGCUAG